AUGAUGAGUUUGAUCAUCAAGAUAUUGGUGAAAGAGGAUGAAAUUCAGGAAAUCAUUCCUAAAAGAAAAGGUGGUGGGGGAAGCUUUCCUGGUGGCCUUAAUAAGAAAUUAACUAAAGGUAAAGGAAAAUGCCUUAUGGAUGUAUAUUUGCAAAGUCAAAGGCAACUUAGGCAGACGGGUAUCAAAGAUUCAUAUGACAAAGAAGCAAGAGCAAUGGGUAUUCAAAGAGUUGCUCGCUUCUUUUACGAUGUUGGCAUACCAUUCAAUGUUGCUCGUCUGAAAAGUUUUAAGGAGGCAGUUGAUGCUAUUGGAAGGCAUGGACCAAAUUUGAAGCCUCCCAGUUAUCAUGAAUUAAGGAUUCCAUUACUAAAUAAGGAGGUAGAGUUUACUAAUAAACUUUUAAAUCGACAUAGAAAAGAAUGGGUAAAGCAUGGAUGUUCCAUUAUGGUAGAUGGAAGGAAAGAUAGGAAGCAAAGAACAUUAAUAAACUUUUUGGUGAAUUCUCCAUAUGGUACCGUGUUUAUGGAGUCCAUUGAUACAUCUUCAUUUGUCAAAACUGUAGAGAAACUAUGUGAGCUACUUGAUAGAUAUGUGGAGCGUGUUGGAGAGCAAAACGUAGUUCAAGUUGUAAGUGAUAAUGGCAACAACUUUAUAUUGGCCAGCCAGCUCCUACAAAUAAAGAGAAAACACAUAUAUUGGAUGCCUUGUGUUGCUCAUUGUAUAGAUCUUAUUUUAGAAGACAUAGGCAAGCUUCCAACUAUUACGAGAACCUUCAAAAGAGCAAUUGCAAUUGUUGGUUUCAUCUAUGGUCAUACAGGAGUCAUUAAUAUGACGAGAGACCUCACAAAGAAAAGAGAAUUGGUGAAAUGUGGAAUUACUCGAUUUGCUACGAGUUUUCUAACUUUGCAGAGGUUGUAUAAUCAAAAGACUAAUUUGUGA